AUGUCUUUUAAUGAUGAAUAUUCUCUUCCUGAUGAUGACAAUAACUCUUCUGACAAUAACUUCCCUAAUGAUGACUUCCCUGAUAAUGACUUUCCUGAUAAUAACUUCUCUGAUAAUGACUUCCUUGAUAAUGACUUUCCUAAUGAUGACUUUUCUAAUUAUGACUUCUUUAACGAUGACUUCUCUAAUGAUGACUUUCCUGAUAAUGACUUUUCUAAUCUUAUUUAA